AUUAAUGUCAGCCAUGGGGAAUCCGAAACCCAAAGUCAUUAUUGUUGGAGGGUCUAUCGCAGGCUUGACAUUGGCUCACUGUUUGUCUCGAGCCGGCAUAGACCACAUCGUUCUGGAAAAGCGGACUGAGAUUGCACCACAAGAAGGCGCUUUCAUUGGAGUUUGGCCUAAUGGAGCACAUGUUCUUCAACAGCUUGGUCUCUAUGAGAGCCUAGAGGCCCUCACUGCCCCGGUAAACCGGAUGCAUAUAUCCUAUCCUGAUGGUUUCUCAUUUAGCAGCCUACUUCCAAGAGGAAUUCAGGAGAGAUUAAACUACCCCAUCGUUUCUCUAGACCGGAAGAAGGUCCUCGAAAUACUCUAUGAGCACUAUCCCGACAAAUCGAAGAUUAUCACCAAUAAGAAAGUACUAGAGGUGCAACUAUCUAGUGAAGAGGCUACCGUGGUGACAGACGGUGGACAGAAAUAUCAUGGAAGCCUCAUUGUGGGCGCUGAUGGUGUUCACAGCCGUAUACGCUCCGAGAUGUGGAGGCUGGCAGACACUAUGAGUCCCGGACUUAUUACUCCCAAGGAGAAAACCCCUCACAUUAUGGCCGCAACGUCCAUAUUAGGUCUUACUAUAGAAUACGCAUGCGUGUUUGGGAUAUCGCUGCCGAUACCUGGUCUUCGAAGUGGCGAGCAUAUCAACCGCUACGGUGACAAGUUCUGCGUUAUCACCUUCCAUGGAAAAGGAGACCGCGUAUUCUGGUUCAUCAUCCAGAAGCUUGAUCGUGUCUAUGCGUAUCCGAAUGCUCCUCGUUUCUCUCCAAAGGAUGCGGCUUCCCUCUGUGCCAAAUUGAGCGACGUCAAACUUCUAGGAGACAUCACUGUUGGUGACCUUUGGAAAGCCAGACAGGUAGCGUCAAUGACGGCACUGGAGGAGGGUAUGUUCGAGACUUGGCACUUUAACCGGAUAGUGCUACUGGGGGACAGUACACAUAAGAUGGCACCCAACAUUGGCCAAGGGGCAAACACGGCUAUUGAGGAUGUUGCUGUGUUGUCUUCGCUACUCAAUCAUGUCAUCAAAAAUUGCGAGGGGCAGAAUCCCUCAAAUCAUGCCAUUGAGAAAAUGCUACAGGAGUAUCAGAGGCUACGAUUUGGUCGUGUGAAAAACACAUGUUCUCGGGCAAAGUUUGGUGCUCGAUUCCACACUCGCGACAACUGGCUCAAAGCUUGGAUUGGCCGGUAUAUUUUUCCACGUCUUGAUAGGCUCGCUGAGUCCCAGGCAUCCAAUGCACUGACUGGAGGUGGUACGGUAGACUUUUUGCCGAUCCCAGAACGGAGCAAACUUUUAUCACGAGGGUCUCAUGUGCGCAAGCCCACUCAGCGACUGUGGGCUAUGAUCUGGGCUCUCUGUAUUGCUGUCUUUCUUUUUUUCCCCUUUACACGUCAUUUUCUGCUUUUUUCU